AGACCAAACAACCAUGGACGUGUUUUCUGAGAGAAAAGUUUCGUCCUGUCUGUUUUCACCUGCUUCAGAAGUGGUGCAAGCAGGUGGUCAUAACCAUGCUGCUUUUCACACCAUCCCAAACUCAGUCUGCAAAGGGAUGACUGUGAAGUAUAGAAACCGCGGGAAAAAAUCAGGCGGGAAAUCGUCGUAUCGGCACGUGCCGCAUAGAGAAAAACCGCCACAUCUUGUAGCGCGACGUAACGCCAGAGAACGCAGACGUGUGGAAGCCGUCAAUGAAGCCUUUCAGAGAUUACGAAAAAGGGUGACAGGAGAAGUCAAACAAAAACGUCUGUCCAAAGUCCGGACCUUAAGAGUAGCCAUCGAUUAUAUCAACAAAUUACAAAGGAUGAUAAUGGAACAUGACCAAAAAGUUUGUGACAAACAAUGUCGAGGUAAUCCUCGACGGGAAAGAAUAAAUCAAAGUGAAGAAGCCGAUUCUUUGUCUUUCUCCGCGAAGUCAAGUAAUCUGCCUGAAUCUGGAGAAAUUAUGUUCGACUUCUGUAAUGAGGAGCAUAACAACGUAGGAUAUCAGACCACUAAUGCACGUGAAGAUGACCCUUAUUUUCCAGAAUAUGGAUCUCUGGGAAUGAAGGAAAUCAGCGUUCUGCCAGAUUUGUAAAUACGUCAGUGAGUUAUCUCCCGUUCCCUACUACUGCACUCCAAGCUCAUCGAUUCAAGACAUGUGAAAACGGAAACAGUUUGGUUUUUCAGAAAAUCAUAUACAUAAAGGAAAACCCCCUGUUUUUAAAGGAUUUUUUUUUAUUUUGUUCAUUAUGUCUUCAACUGUAAGUGAUUAGAUUCAAAGAAUGUGGCAUGCUUUACAGUAUGCGUCCGAUAGGAUUGAACCUUCAAUUCAACUGAUGACCGAAAUACAGCGUCUUUUUUCUUGUGCACCAAAUUGAGGAGCUGAUUUGACUAAGUUUUCAGAGCAAGGUCAUCAAUUGGAGGAUAUCGGGAUUAUGAUUUUUUAUUGUUAUUAUUUCGUCAACACCUUAUUGGAACAAGAACUGUUUAGUUAGAUAAUGUGACAUCUGUAGAUCUGCAUUAUUGUUACUUUUGAAACACAACUCUUUGAUGUUAAAGCA